ACACCAGCACUGCUCUCUCUCCCAGGCACGGUGCUCCCCUCCACUCUCCACCCCGAGAGCCUGUGGAAGCUGCCCCGUCUCCCGUCCUCCAUCAGAUACACCUGUCUAGGAAACAGCAAAGGACCUUGGAAGUCUUCUAAGGAGAGUCAUGGCAUAUAAUCAGGAGUCUUCAGCAGAGACUUCCAUCAUCAAGUUCAACAACCAAGACUUUACCACCUUGUGGAAUCACUGUCUGAGCAUGGGCCAGAAGUUUGAAGAUGAGACAUUUCCUGCAGCAGAUUCUUCCAUAGGCCAGCAGCUGCUCCAGAGCAAACCCAUCUCCAGGGUGCUAUGGAAGCGGCCACGGGAUUUACCAGGGGGUGCUCCUCACUUCGUCCAGGAUGGCAUAAGCAGAUUUGACAUCCAACAAGGAGAAGCAGCUGACUGCUGGUUCCUGGCAGCACUGGGCUCCUUGACUCAGAACCCACAAUACAUGCGGAAGAUCCUGAUAGAUGAAAGACAAAGCUUUUCACACCAGUAUGCAGGGAUUUUCCACUUCCGGUUCUGGCAAUGUGGCCAGUGGGUGGAAGUGGUGAUUGAUGACCGCCUGCCCGUCCAGGGAAAUCAAUGCCUCUUUGUGCGUCCUCUCCACCACAGCCAAGAGUUUUGGCCCUGCCUGCUGGAGAAAGCCUAUGCCAAGCUGCUCGGAUCCUAUUCUGAGCUACACUAUGGCUACCUCGAGGAUGGCCUGGUGGACCUCACGGGAGGCGUGAUCACCAACAUCCACCUGUACUCCUCCCCUGCAGACCUGGUGAUGGCAGUGAAGACAGCAAUCAAGGCAGGCUCCCUGAUAACCUGUGCCACUCCAAAAGGGCUAACAGAUAAAGCGGAGGUGAUGGAGAAUGGGCUGGUGAGUCUGCACGCCUACACCGUGACUGGGGCCGAGCAGAUUCAAUACAGAAGGGGCUGGGAAGAAAUUAUCUCCCUGUGGAACCCCUGGGGCUGGGACGGGGACGAAUGGAAAGGACGCUGGAGUGAUGGGUCUCAGGAGUGGGAGGAAACCCGUGAUGCACGGAAAAGCCAGCUACAUAAGAAUCAGAGAGAUGGCGAGUUUUGGAUGUCAUGUCAAGAUUUCCAGCAGAAAUUCUCCACCAUGUGUGUAUGUAGCCAAAUUCCCAUCACCCUGGACCGUGGAAACAAGCUUCACGAAGGAUGGUCCCAAAUAAUGUUUAGGAAGCAAGUGAUUCUAGGAAACACUGCAGGAGUACCUGAAGUUGCUCAAUACAACUUCUCUGUGCAAGAGCCAACGGAAGGCACCAAUGUUGUCGUGUGCAUCACAGUCGCUGUCACGCCACCAAAUCUGAAGGCAGAAGAUAAGAAAUCUCCACUCAGUUUCCAAGUGAUUGAGGCUGGCUCGCAGUGGUUCCAGGAGAAACUUCCACCCAUGUUUUUUUCCCCAUUUGGAAAUGCUGUCCAAGUCCGAGACUCAAAUAAAAAAUUCCACCGCAACUUCACCAGAACCUACCAGCUGAUCCCUGGGAACUAUGUUGUGGCUGUACAAACCCAGAGAAAAUCAGUGGAGUUCUUGCUGCGAAUCUUCCUGAAAAUGCCGAACAGAGGCAGGCACCUGAGCAGCCAUUUCAACCGCAGCCUGAAGGGAAGUCCUUCAGAACAUGGCUCCCAAGAAAGCAUUUUCUACAGAUUCGCUCAGCAGAGGCUGGACAUUGAUGCCACCCAGCUCCACAGCCUUCUCAACCAGGAGCUUCUGAUAGGCCCUCCAGAGGACACAUUCUCCUUGGAUGAGUGCCGCAGCCUGGUGGCUCUGAUGGAACUGAAAGUGAAUGGGCGGCUGGACCAACAGGAGUUCGCUCGACUGUGGGAGCGCCUCGUCCACUACCAGCAUGUUUUCCAGAAGGUUCAGACAAGCCCUGGAGUCCUCCUAAGCUCGGACUUGGAGAAGGCCAUAGAGAAUACAGAAUUCCUUAAAGGAAUCUUCAUCAGCCGCGAUGUGCUGCAUCUGGUGACCCUGAGGUACAGCGACAGCUUUGGUAGGGUCAGCUUCCCCAGCCUGGUCUGCUUCCUGAUGCGGCUUGAAGCCAUGGCAAAGACUUUCCGCAACCUCUCCAAGGAUGGAAAAGGACUCUACCUGACGGAAAUGGAGUGGAUGAACCUGGUCAUGUACAACUGAAGCAAAGGAGAACAGACCCCACGGCUCAGGACAAGCGCUCAGUGAUCACUCAAGAAUCGGGCUCUCAUUCUAAGAGGCUGUGCUGCCCGCUGUGGUUGUGAUACAUCUAAACCGGCCCUGUGUGAAAUGGAGUCCAAACUGUUUUCCAACAGCCUGGGCUCGAUCCUCGCCUGGCCCAGGCCCUGGUAAGCCUGUGGCCACCAAGCAGCUCAUCGGAGCAUUUUGGGAUGUGCUCAACCUAUGUUGCCUUGGAAAAUGAAGCAGGAGAUGUCUCCCUGUGGGAAAGGAGAAGUUGCCUCAGAGUGCCCCAUCACCAGUUGGAUUCAUAUCUUGGAAGAGCCAGAAUGAGCCAGUUUGCCCACCCUUGGGUGCUGUGGGUGACACGGGAGCUGCCUACUGGGUGUUUGCAGAAUAAUUACACUUUCUUAUGUCUGAAUCCUGAUGAUUUCACAACCAAAAGGCAGAAAUAAAACAUGUUUUCCAUAAA